GACUUUUUUGUGGCUGAGGAUGAGUCAACAUUAACUUAAUUAAAACUCCACGAGAAUAGCUGUGAACGAGACGGGCGCCUGGGCUGCGGACCGCGACUAAGAGGUCAGCGCCGGCCGCUCCCGCCCACAUCCGCGCGGCUCCCGCCGCCCACACCGCACUCCCCCAUCCUCAGUAGCCGCGCGCCCGCCCGGCGCCCAUUGGCCGGUCUGACGAUGCGCUUCUCCUAUAAGAGGCGGCAUCUCCCGAACACAGGUGACCCUCUGAACUCCAGUGGCUCUGAGAGCUUCUUCGGAGACAGCAGACUCUAUUCUUGAGGAUCUCCUGGGUGCCAGGAGCAGACUGUCCCAUGCUGGAUUUCGGCUUUAUGGAUGAGACUUUGAAGCUUCUCUUACUGGUGAUGAAGCUAAGGAAGGAGAGAGGUGGUGGUGUGUGAGUCCCCUUCACUGCGCUGAACAAACCCUGCAAGGAUUCACCAUGAUUGACGACAACAAGGAGAACAAAGACCAUUCCUCUGAAAGGGGGAGAGUGACUCUCAUCUUCUCCUUGAAGAAUGAAGUUGGAGGACUCAUAAAAGUGCUGAAAAUCUUCCAGGAGAAUCACGUGAACCUGUUACAUAUCGAGUCCCGGAAAUCAAAGCGAAGAAAUUCAGAAUUUGAGAUUUUUGUUGACUGCGACAUCAACCGAGAACAGCUGAAUGACAUCUUGCCCCUGCUGAAGUCCCACACUACCGUCCUCUCUGUGGACUCUCCUGAUCAGCUCACCGUGAAGGAAGACGUUAUGGAGACUGUCCCUUGGUUUCCAAGGAAGAUUUCUGACCUGGACUUCUGCGCCAACAGAGUGCUGUUGUAUGGAUCCGAACUCGACGCAGACCACCCUGGCUUCAAAGACAAUGUCUACCGUAGAAGACGAAAGUAUUUUGCAGAAUUGGCUAUGAAUUACAAACAUGGGGACCCCAUUCCCAGGAUUGAAUUCACAGAAGAAGAGAUUAAGACCUGGGGGACCAUCUUCAGAGAGCUAAGCAAGCUCUACCCAACCCACGCCUGCAGGGAGUACCUCAGAAACCUUCCUUUGCUCUCAAAAUACUGUGGCUAUCGGGAAGACAACAUCCCACAACUGGAAGACGUCUCCAACUUUUUAAAAGAACGCACAGGGUUUUCCAUCCGUCCUGUGGCUGGUUACCUCUCACCGAGAGAUUUCCUGUCAGGGUUAGCCUUUCGAGUCUUUCACUGCACUCAGUAUGUGAGACACAGUUCAGAUCCCCUCUAUACUCCAGAGCCAGACACCUGCCACGAACUCUUAGGCCACGUUCCUCUCUUGGCCGAACCCAGUUUUGCUCAAUUCUCCCAAGAAAUUGGCCUGGCUUCCCUUGGAGCUUCAGAGGAGGCUGUUCAAAGACUGGCAACGUGCUACUUCUUCACUGUGGAGUUUGGGCUGUGCAAACAAGAUGGUCAGCUGAGAGUCUUUGGUGCCGGCUUGCUUUCUUCCAUCAGUGAACUCAAACAUGCACUUUCUGGACAUGCCAAAGUUAAGCCCUUUGAUCCCAAGGUUGCCUGCAAACAGGAAUGUCUCAUCACAAGCUUCCAGGAUGUCUACUUUGUAUCGGAGAGCUUUGAAGAUGCAAAGGAGAAAAUGAGGGAAUUUGCCAAGACCAUGAAGCGCCCGUUUGGAGUGAAGUACAAUCCGUAUACACAGAGCCUCCAGGUUCUGAGAGACGCCAAGAGCAUAACUAGCGCCAUGAAUGAGUUGCGGGAUGACCUCGACGUCGUCAGCGAUGCCCUUGCUAGGGUCAGUAGGUGGCCCAGUGUGUGAUGGUUUCCAGUGCAAAUCUAGAAGCCUUUGAACAUCAGUCCAGAGCCAGGGCCAGUUCUUGCUUCCCCCGAAAGCCUGCUUUGGGAGGGCCAGCGUCUCCCAGCUUAGCAAUGUCUCUCGCCUCUCAUUGUAUCCAGACACUCACUGUCUCUGAAAUGCACACCUGGAUGCUCUGCACCUCUCAUCUUCUAUUUCCAUUUUGUCAUUUUGGCUCCUGCUUAGGGGAAUAUAAUUCACAUGCCACGUGAUUCACAGGAUGCACACGGGGAGUUUAAAAUAUUUCAUUUCAUUAAAAUAUAAUUGAAUCAUU